AUGGAUGUUCCGGCUCAAUUUGAAAGAUUUUUUCGGCCACGACAAACUCUUGUUGCAACAUGUUUUGGUUCAAUACCAUAUCCACUUGCAUCGGCUUUGGCAUUUAAACAAUUUCCUGAUGGUCGUCAAGAAUUAGUAGUAACUGGUUCUCUUCUUUCAGUUAAUCAUGAUCGUAUUAUAUUAAAAAGACUAGUAUUAAACGAUGUUAAUUGGUUUAAACCAAUUGAAUUACGUACACAAGAUGAGGUCGACGAGGACAUAUUAAAGAAUCACUUGAAACAAACAACAACAAGAACAACCACAAUUGUUUAUGAUGGUGAAGGUGCUGAUGAAGCUGUUGAUGAUAGUUCUGAUAGU